AUGGCCCCGAAAGAGGACAUGCUGCCCCCGGGCUGGGAGGAUUUAGACAGGCAAAUGGGCCAGCUCUUUAUGAUGGGCUUCGAUGGUACCUCGGUCAGCCCGGAGAUUCGCUCACUCAUUGAAGAUUACCAUCUAGGCUCUGUCCUCUUAUCAGCGAAGAAUCUAAAAUCCGCUGAAGAAGCCACGCGUCUGGUCCUUGAGCUGCAAACAAUUGCUCGUAAUGCGGGUCACCCAGCACCUUUGUUGAUCGCGUUGGAUCAAGAGAAUGGCGGGGUAAAUAGUCUAUAUGACGAAGUAUACGUACGACAAUUCCCAAGCACCAUGGGUAUGGCCGCAACGGGGUCUAAGGAGCUAGUCCAUGAAGUCGCCGUGGCUACUGCCCAAGAGCUCAAAGCGGUUGGUGUGAAUUGGAUCCUUGGUCCAGUGCUUGACGUUUUGACCAACAUACGAAACCAACCACUUGGUGUGCGCACAAGCGGAGACGACCCUCAAGAGGCUUCUCAGUAUGGGGUCCAGUUUAUGAAAGGAUAUCAAAAAGCAGGACUCGCGACGUGCGGCAAGCAUUUCCCUUCAUAUGGCAAUAUAGAGUUUUUGGGUUCUCAUGCAGAUGUACCGGUCAUCACGGAAUCCUUGGAACAACUCAGUCUCACUGCGUUGGUGCCUUUUCGUAAUGCUAUCACGCACGGCCUGGACGCCAUGAUGGUAGGUGGCGUAUCCAUGUCAUCAGCUGGUAUGAAUGUUAUGCACGCCUGUUUGAGUGAUCAAGUGGUUGAUGAACUCUUGCGGAAAGACUUGAAGUUUAAAGGCGUCGUCGUAUCGGAAUGUUUGGAGAUGGAGGCUUUAACACACAACAUUGGCGUGGGUGGUGGCACUGUGAUGGCCAAGAAUGCCGGUUGCGAUGUUGUCUUACUUUGUCGUUCAUUCCCAGUACAGCAAGAGGCAAUCAAUGGGCUGAAGCUGGGCGUUGAGAAUGGGAUAAUCGGUCGUCCUCGCAUCGAAGAAUCGCUUCGACGUGUUUUGAGCCUGAAAACCCGCUGCACGUCCUGGGAUCAGGCACUAAAUCCCCCUGGCCUCCUUUCUCUCACGCAAAUGCAGCCUUCACAUACGAACCUCUCAACGCGUGCCUAUGACAACUCAAUCACCGUCAUGCGCGACAAGAAUAACUUUCUACCUCUUUCCAAUAUUCUCGAUGCUAGUGAGGAGCUUCUGCUCUUGACUCCUUUGGUGAAGCCUCUUGCAGCUUCUGCAGUCACUCUUUCCGCUAAUGAAUCUACUCAUGGGUCUCUUGAUCCGGCAGCUGUACUCGAUCGCACGGCCUCGGUGGUCAGCGGAGAGACAGUAUUCAAAGAAUUAGGGAAAUCCCUCUCACGACAAAGGAAUGGCCGAGUUUUGCAUACUUCUUAUACAGCAAAUGGAGUGCGUCCCAUCCAUGAAGAUCUCAUUAAACGAGCGAGUGCUGUGAUAGUUGUCACGGCAGAUGCCAACCGCAAUUUGUACCAACAAGCCUUCUCCAAACAUGUUUCAUUGCUUUGUCAGUCACAAUACUCCCCAUCGGGUGAACGCUCAGAGAGACCUUUGGUUGUGGUUGCGGUCAGUUCACCAUAUGAUUUUGCUAUGGAUUCUUCUAUCGGAACAUAUGUAUGCACAUAUGACUUCACAGAAACUGCAUUGCAGGCUUUAGUCAAGGUUCUGUACGGCGACCUAGUCCCCAAGGGAUCUUUACCAGGAUCCAUUACUCGCAGUCAAAAAAUCCACCAGUCUCGUCAACAUUGGCUUGUAGAGAAUUGGAAUGAAGAGCGGGACGCCCGUGCCCUGGAUGCACUGCUAGACGUGGUCAGGGAGGAUUGUACACAAGGGCAGCGAUCUGAGCUCCUUGGUGCAACAUCCAAUAGCUUCCUUCUUCGGAAGGAAGACAUUGAUGAAACGCACUUUGUGGUUCGUAACAGCAGUACACAGGCCCUAUAUGGGUUCUGUGCUACCUACUUCUUUCGGUCCACCUGCACAGGUGUCAUUGGAUGCCUAGUCGUCGAUCCGUCCCGGCGAAAGCUCUCUAUAGGCCAUUCUCUCCAUAGCCGUGCAAUUCGGUCACUUCUUCAACGGAAGGGAGUGAAGCGAUUUCAGCUUGGGUCACGACUCCCAGGUAUCUACCUUGGUAUUCCUACUGCCCUUUCUGUUGAGCGCAAACGACUACGACAAUGGUUUGCCAAUCUUGGGUGGAACACGGCGCUCUCUCGUCCUGUCUGCAGUGUGGUACUGCGCAACUUAGGAACAUGGGCACCACCUGAGGGGCUCACCGUGGCGCUACAGAAUACCGAAGUUAGCUACGAUCUGGUCUACGGAUUAGACUACGCCCGUGAGAUUCUUGACCAUAUCAAAACCAACGCCCGGCAAGGGGUAACUGAUAUCUACCGGAUUGCACUGGGUGGCGCUCCCAAUUGUGGUAUCAUCCGAGCCAAACGUCCGUCGGACGAUAUGAUUCUCGGUAGUAUAGUGAUAUACAAUGAGCGAUCUGCGUUGGCGGAGCACAUGCCGGCAUUACGCGCCACUUCGAAUCCUGUCGGGGGAAUAUCAUCACCUGUGAUUUCUCCUUGUGCCGAUGAAUAUUCCAUUAUCAUGCAGGGACUGAUCCUUCUGGCUAUCAAACAAAUCCGAAAACUAAAUGCGCAUGCUGUCGUGAUGGAUUGUGUGGAUGGCGACGGCAAUUUUGAUUGCCUCUCCUCGUUGGGCUUUGAUAUGCUCCACAGUUAUGAAGAAGUCAACUGUGAUGCAGCCACCUGGACUAUGAUGCAUCCAGCCUAG